AUGGCGUCGGUGACAAGUCUCGAUCAAGACAUGCGCAAACUGCGCCUCGAGCGAUAUACUCCCGGUGCUGCAAACGAGGUGAGAAGCUGGAUCGAAAGUACUCUGGGCGAGAGAUUGGCUCCAGGGGAUUUGAUGGACGCCCUGCGGGACGGAGUAGCUCUUUGCAAACUCGUUAAUCUUGCCGUGUCUCCAGGCAUCAAGUAUAAGCAGUCGAACAUGCCCUUUGUGCAGAUGGAGAACAUCUCGCACUUCCUCCGUGCCUGCGAGAUUGCGCCGUUGAGCCUCCCCUCUCAUGACCGAUUCCUGACAGUCGACCUCUACGACUCUAAAGACCCUGCACAGGUCUUGCAGUGUAUCGCUGCCUUCAGCCGCCGGGCAAACCAACUGAAUCCUUCCGUAUUCCCUACGACAUUGGGAGCAAAGAGCAAAUCUGCCAUGAGCCCACAAGGAACAGGCUCAAGUGGACCGAGAUCGCCGGCUUACACGACUACCACCAGCUCGCGGCCACGGGGCUCGAGCAAUGCAACCGCUGAAAAUCCAUCUACCACCUUCAACCCUCUCAAUAAGGCCGCGUACUCUGGGCGUGUUAGCCCCACCAAAAACAUCCUCAGCCGAGGAGGGCUGGUGUCUGGCGGGAGUGUCAGCAGUUGGAGCAAUAAGGCUGACGAGACCAAGACCGCGCCCGCAUGGAAUAUCCAUCAGUAUGGGUACAUGGGAGGGGCGAGUCAAGGUAACCAAGGUGUUGCUUUCGGCGCUCGGAGACAAAUUACCUCCCCAAGCCCCAGCGUCCCCAGCCUCGCAGAGAAAGAGAAGCGGCUCCGGGAAGAGGCAGAGAGAAAGAAACUAGAAGCAGAAGGACUUGAACAACAACAGCGGGCUCAACAAGCUGCAGAGGAAGCGCAAGCACGCUUAGAAGAAGAACGUAGAUGGGCUCAGGAAACCCAACGCUUGAGAGAACAAGAAGCCGCUGCGCAGCGAGACCUCGAGCGACAGCGUCUACAAGAAGAAGAGCGCGUCCGUCGUGAAGAACAGCGUCGCAAAGAGCUAGCCUAUGAACGCGAUCGGGAGCGAGAAGCUCAGGACCAGGCAGAUCGUGAGGCUCGUAUGGCGCAGGAACGAGGUCGUCAACGCACUGUCAGUGAUGCUCGCCUCAACGGACAGUUUCUCAGUCAAUAUCAAGCAGAUCAGGCGAGAAGUAACGUCACUUCCCCCACUCUACCAAAGCCCGCUGCCGAGCAGGACUCGGCUGAAAGCCGGCGCAUUGCAGAACUAGAGCGUCAGUUGGAGGAGAUGAGAGCGCAGCAGAGACAAACUCAGUCCGCCAGACCGGUGCCCGAGCCAGAACCUCCAGCGCCUGCACUUCCAAGCAGAACCCCAGUCAGCCAAACAAGCCAUGAGGAUGACUGGGCUGCAUCAGAGCGCCAAUACCUGCAGCAAGAAUGGCGGAAGGCACAGAACGACCAGCCUCCUCCCAAACCACCACGUCCUGAAUCCAUAUCGUCAACGUCUUCUCGUCCGCUACCCGACCCCGCGACGUAUCAGCCAGGCACCAAUCGCACAGAUCGAUAUCUUGCCUCAAAUGCCGCCCCUGCUCAGCCGAAUGUUGCGUCUCACCGCCCUCAGGACUUUUCCACCACAACCGAAGUGGACCUCGAAAACCAACGGCGUAUUCAAUCUCAACAGCGCACGAAAGCUGGUGGCUGGGCCUCGAAAUCCCUCCUCGAGCGGGAAAUGGAACGCGAGCGUGAACGGCAGAGAGAGUGGGAAGAAGCACAGAAAGACACUGCAUCCAGAGCCAGGGAUAUAAAAGAGGGAAGCGGACCUGGUCAGACCUGGGAUGUCCACCAAUACGGGUUCGUGGGCGGGGAUAGCCAGAACCGUGGUGGUCCAGGGCUGGGAGUUGGUGGUGCCAGAAGACAGAUCAUCGGCCCAAGACCGCCGCCUUAG